AUGUCCCUCUUCGGUGCUCCCGCUGCGGCGACGACAGCUUCGUCUGGGGCGACCAAUACCACUGGCGACAUUUCCAAAGAUGUCACCCUCAAUCAGCCCCCAGAGGAUAGUAUCUCGGAUAUGCGAUUCUCGCCCACCAGUAAUCAUCUGGCUGUCGCAUCAUGGGACAACAAGGUCCGAAUUUAUGAAGUCACUUCCUCCGGUCAGACUGAAGGAAAGGCAAUGUUGGACGUAGAGGCUCCCGCUCUGAAUUGUUGUUGGUCUCCGGAUGGAACCAAGGUGGUCGGUGCAGGUACAAACAACUUCGCCAAGCUCCUCGAUCUCGGCUCCAAUGCCACAACUACCGUUGCGGAACACAAGGCUCCGAUUCGCAGCUGCCACAUGUUCCCUAGCCCUCAGGGCGGAUCACCACUUCUGGUGACAGGUUCAUGGGACGGCUUAGUCAAAUACUGGGACUUGCGGCAACAAACCUCCAUCGCCGAAAUUAAAUGCCAGAACCGCGUGUACACAAUGGACGUCAAGAACAAGCUGCUUGUCAUCGGCACGGCUGACCGCUACAUCAACAUCGUCAACCUCGACAAUCCCACCAACAUCUACAAGACCAUACAGUCCCCCCUCAAGUGGCAGACGCGGGUAGUCAGCUGCUUCGCUGACGCCUCCGGAUUUGCAGUCGGUAGUAUCGAGGGCCGUUGUGCCAUCCAGUACGUCGAGGAGAAGGAUUCCGCCUCCAAUUUCUCCUUCAAGUGCCAUCGUGAAACCCCAGCCACUAGCCGCGACACCUGCAACAUCUACUCCGUCAACUCCAUUCGCUUCCACCCAGUCCACGGAACAUUCAGCACUGCUGGUAGCGACGGUACCUUCCACUUCUGGGACAAGGAUGCUAAGCACCGCCUUAAGGGCUACCCGGCUGUUGGUGGUCCUAUCUCGAGCACCGCUUUCAACCACGACGGAACUAUCUUUGCCUACGCUGUCAGCUACGACUGGAGCAAGGGCUACAUGGGCAAUACCCAGCCGAACACGAGCAAGAUCAUGCUGCACCCCGUUGCACCGGAUGAAACCAAGCCUCGCCCAAACCCUAAGAGGCGGUAA